CUCCUCACACGCGUAUCUCUCUCUCUCUCACCAACUCGAUCCCCGCGAGCUCUCGAAGCGACCCACCCGCUCGCCGCGCCGCCGCGCCGCCGCAGUCGCAGUGAGGUCGCCGCCGGGAGGGGGGAGGGUGAGAUCGACCUGCGUUGACCGGGGAUGGACGCGCGGUUCCCGCUGCCGCCGGCGUCGGGGGGCGGAGGAGGGAGGGGGCACCACCGGAGGGCCCACUCGGAGACGUUCCUGCGGCUGCCCGACGCCGACCUCCUCCUGGACCCGGAGGGGGACUUCUCCUUCUCCGACCUCGACUUCCCCUCCCUCUCCGACGACUCCACCCCGGCCGUCUCCGACCCGACCCCUCCGCCGCCGCCGCCGCUGGCCCCGGUGCCGGCGCCGCGGCCGCCGGGAGGGGCCCACUUGAGGAGCCUCUCCCUCGACACCGCCUUCUUCGAGGGGUUCAGCUUGCAGGGUGGAGGAGCGGGAGGGGGAGGGAGUGGGAGUGGAGGCGGUGGGCAUAAGAGGAGCGGGUCGAUGGACGGGGUCAACUCGCCGUUCGAGGGUGAGUCGGCGCUCUCCGGCGGGCUGCCGGACUACGCGAAGAAGGCCAUGCCGGCGGAGAGGAUCGCCGAGCUCGCGCUCAUCGACCCCAAGCGCGCGAAGAGGAUUCUGGCGAAUAGGCAGUCGGCUGCGAGGUCGAAGGAGAGGAAGAUCAAGUACACUAGCGAGCUGGAGAGGAAGGUGCAGACGCUGCAGACCGAGGCUACCACGCUGUCUGCACAGCUCACUCUUCUCCAGAGGGAUACAUCUGGCUUGACUGCUGAGAAUAGAGAGCUCAAACUACGGUUGCAGUCCAUGGAAGAGCAAGCUAAACUACGUGACGCUCUGAAUGAAGCCCUGCGAGAAGAAGUUCAGCGACUUAAGAUAGCAGCAGGGCAAGCACCAAACAUGAACGGGAAUCCCUUUAAUGGUGGACUCCAACAGCAGAUUCCACCCUAUUACACACAACAGCAGCAGCAGCAGCAACAGAUGUCUUAUUUAGGUGGCCACCAAGCUCAGCAACGUCAUCCAAGCCAUCAGCAGAGCUCAUCAAAUGGCAGCCAGUCGCUGAGUGGUCAGUCCCUAAACGACUCCAUGGAUUUCAUGUGAGGAGAAGAAACUCCGGGCCCCUAUUAAACCAAAUAUACCAACUGCAGUUCAGCAUUGUAAAGAUAGCUAAUGUACAAUGUAAUGCAUAUGAAUCAUUGAAUAGGGUAGCUAGCUGUUCUUUGUACCAGUAAACAGAAGUAAUUCUUGUAUGACAUAAUCUAUCUUCCUCUGUUUAUUUCUGAAGUAUUGCCGUAGACUAAGUUAACUAUGUUAACCAUUUACCUCUUGUCAAUGUUUUCCCUGUAAAGUGGCCUUCUGUAACA